GGAGGAGCCGUGAGCGGCGGCGGUGGCGGCUGCUGCUGCUGCUGCCGCCUGGGGAGCCCAGCCGAGUGCUGCCUGGGGCUGCCGGGAGAAGGAGCGAUCGGUUGAGCCCUGGCGGCGGGGCCGAGCAGCGGAUUGGCCAACGGCUCCUUUCAACCCUGCCUCGUUGGUGGCCACUGGAGAAUCGCGGGGGGCUCCCCAGACAGCCGUGGGGACAAGUUAGAGCCAGCACUUAACCCCCGGGCUUCGCGUGUAGCUUUCCCUUCCCGGUUCUAGGUGCCCCAGUGUCCAGAGGGGUGUGCGGGUGUGCCCUCCUUACUUGUUCCACCGCCCGGGCAGCCCUUCGGUCUAGUGUUCCAUCUCGCUCUUGCUUCCUGUACCAUAGUCAAGUGGAGCCACUUUGCAUCAUGUCCCGGUAUAGCUACCAAAGUCUCCUGGACUGGCUCUAUGGGGGCGUCGACCCCAGUUUUGCAGGCAAUGGGGGCCCCGACUGUGCUGCCUUCCUGUCUUGGCAGCAGCGGCUGCUGGAAAGUGUGGUGGUCCUGACCCUGGCCCUGUUGGAGAUCCUGGUGGCCCUGCGGCACAUCCUGAGGCAGAAGGAGGACGGUAGGGGUGGCCAUGGCAGCCAGCCACAGCAGGUGACCCAGCGGCCAAAGAGAGAGAGGAAGGAGAGCCUGAGCAAGAAUCUGCUCUUAGUAGCCCUGUGCCUGAUCUUCGGGGUGGAGGUGGGCUUUAAGUUCGCCACCAAGACCGUCAUCUACCUGCUCAACCCUUGUCACCUGGUCACCAUGAUGCAUAUCUUCCUCCUGGCCUGGCCUCCAUGUCCGGGAGCUAUCGUCAUCUUCAAGUUACAGAUGCACAUGCUGAAUGGAGCUCUUCUGGCAUUGUUGUUUCCUGUGGUAAAUACCCGGCUGCUCCCCUUUGAACUGGAGAUUUACUACAUCCAGCAUAUUAUGCUCUACGUGGUCCCCAUCUACCUGCUUAGAAAAGGAGGUGCUUACACCCCAGAGCCCCUCAGCAGUUUCCAGUGGGCUCUUCUCUCAACGGGCCUCAUGUUCUUUUACCACUUCAGCGUCCUGCAGAUCCUCGGCCUGGUCACCGAAGUGAAUUUGAACAACAUGCUGUGUCCGGCCAUCUCAGACCCAUUCUACGGCCCCUGGUAUCGCAUCUGGGCCUCGGGACACCAGACUCUCAUGACCAUGACCCACGGGAAGCUGGUCAUCCUGUUCUCAUACAUGGCUGGGCCCUUGUGUAAAUAUCUGCUGGAUUUGCUCCGGCUUCCAGCCAAGAAAAUAGACUGAAGGUGCUUGGAUUUUUGUUUUGUUUUAUUUUGUUUUGUUUUUGUUUUGUUUUUGUUUUUGUUUUUGUUUUGUUUCUCCCCGAGGAAGCGAGUCCUGCCUUGACCCAGAGAACACCCAGUUCUUGACGAAAUCACUGGAGAGGGCAAAUAGGAUCCUUGGUCCAGUUCCUUUUUUCCCCCUUCUCUCUGUCCCUUUCUUCUACUCUUGCCUCCCCAGUUCCUCCCUGUGUAUGACUCUUUGUGCCCAGGGAAAGUGCUGGAGGCUGGAGCUUACUUUAUUUCCUCCUCUGGGCUCUGGGUCCCUACUGUGCCCACUCCCUCUGUGUGGCCUUACCCAGGGGAAUGAUAGCCAGUCAGUGGCCCCUUUCACAGUGCUUCUUGGCGCUUUUAACAACAGUUAGUUGAGGAAGCAGGGAACAACAAGCCGUAGUUCUUCCAGCACCCCAGCAAUGACAUAGUGUUGGGUUCAUUUCUCCACUGCCAGGGACCUCCAGGCUCAUGCUGGGAUCCCCUUUAAUCUCCAGCAUAGCCCCCACCAGAAGGGGACCAAGGCCUUGUUUCUAUACCAGCCGUAAGCCCAGAACCAAGGGACUUCCCAGGUCACAGCCAAAAGAGAUUCUUCCAGUGACUGGUGUCCCAUGACUCAAAGCAGGGAGCCACCCAGCCACUCCUUCUAGGGUGCUGCCUGGGAUGGACGGUGAUAGCAAUGUGCAGCCCAAGGGGCAAGAUUCUCUAAGAGAGGUGUCAGAGAGAUCUGUUGCCACAGUGACUCUGAAGGAAGAAGGUAAAGGUGUCCACAGUACCAGGCAGGACUUCUCCCCGCCCCUCCCCCCAAAGAAAGCUAUGAAAGCUGAGAUCAGAUCCACAUCCCAGUCUGAAGCAAGCACAGAAAGUCAAAAAAUCAACUAAGUUGAGUGGCAACUUGAGAAAGCCAUGAUCGGAAUCACUCUCUAUGUCACAUGGAUAAUAGGCAGCCGCCUCGUCUCAGCUGCCCCUUGAAUCAUCCUCAUUGUCUGGUCUAUGUGUCUGUCUGGUCCUCUUUGUCUGAGGCAGCUUCAUGGAGGAGCAAGCUUGAGUUGGGGCUUGGGUGCUGUUUGAUUGUCUGUCUUUUGGAUGUCUGAAAUAGGAGAACCCUUGUAUUUCGGGAAGGUACUCUAGAGCCAUUCCUGGCACAUAGAGGACAUGCCCAUGGCUCCUGAAGGCAGUU